AUGGUCCGCCUGUGCUUCUCCGCUAUCUGUGUAGCCGCGCUGGCAUCUUCAGCGCUGGCGACCCAGCACGAUGCCUUCGGAAAACGGGAAACUAUCGAAAAUGGCUCUCCUCUGUAUGACUGCCAUGAAGCAUGCGGUGAGGUCAUUUUGAUGGCUCAGGAGGGCAGUUACUGCUCCAACUCCAACUACAGUUCGGACCUCAGCACCUGUCUGAAGUGUGCCGAAACUUGUGAGAUUUGGCAAUACUACGGUACUGAUGUCAAGUACGCUGCUGGAAAUUGUAGCGACUCUGCGACGCCCAGCUCUUCCUCGUCGGCGAGCUCGUGUGCGUCUCUUACUAGUACAUCAACUGCGACUAAUAUGGCUGCAACGACUACUGCUACUGGUACUACUACGGGCACUUCUACUACGGCAUCUACUGCAACCUCUAGCACAGGGGCUGGAUCUGUCAUUCAGCAAAAUAUGGCUCUUGUCGGAGCUAUGGGUCUUUUACUCUGGGCUCUGACCGCAUAA